AAACCUCCCUUGUGCUCAAGGGGCCAGAUUUGCAGACUCCUGUCUCAGUUAAAGUGUUCACAGUGUACACUGGGGCUGGGACUGAAAGAGACUUAAAGAUGACAGCAUGUGUGAAAUGCUAAGCCUACGCUGUAAAGAAAGAAGCAGGGAAAUCUUCUAUUGGUAGCCACAUCCUCUUUGUGCAUUGCCUGUUGCUAUGGAAAUGUAGCUUAAUUGGAGGGGUGUGUAUCAAUCUUGGUGAACAAUUUCAGAAACUGUCUCACUGACCCUAAACAUCAAUUGUGGUAUAGACUUUUCUUUUUCAUUGUAUGUAUCCAAACUGGAUAUAUGCCAUGUAGUAUCCAGUCCUACUGGAAACAGCACUCCUUUACUGUAACUUACUAUUUCCUAAGCAAGAGUAUUAGUAAGUCUUCAUAGCGUCAGUUUUAUUACUUCGAGUUUCUACAGUAUCAGUGUCAUGGGUUGUGUGGAACAACCCUGGCAAAGGAGUAAUAUGAAAAAAUACAUUUCAAACACCUCAACACUCAGAAUGCCUCAGUUACAGAACACUAGGCAAUCUUCGAAACCCAGAAAGACCUGGAGAGAGCGUGGAAAAUGAAACCUAUCUCAUUGGCUGCUUUCCAUCACCCUGCAUUCUUCAACCACAAUGGAUUUUUCAGGACUGGAGAGAACGGAAAAAACAACAUCUGUCUCUAAUAGGCUGCCUUGGGCCACUGGGUGUGUCUUCAAUAAGAGUGGAUUUUUCAGGCUUGGAGAGACCAGUGAAGAUGGAAAACAACUCACUGUCUGCCAUCCAUCUCUAGGUGUGUGUCCUGUUUGGAACCUCUCCAUGGCAUUGUUUGCAACAGGUGCACAGAUGGCCUCCCUUGUCUCAAGGAUAACAGCUUCGGUGGCCAUGGUCAAAGCUGGAGGGGCAGUCUCUGGCACCAUUCUAGCUGGCUCACGGGGGCUCAACCUGUUAGCCCAGACUGCCCUGGGCUCUGGAGCAUCUGCACUUGGAUCUUCCUUGGGAGCACUGAAGGUUGGCACCAUCCUAUCGGCAUGCCCUGCCUCUGUCUUGGCUGUUUGUCCCACUGCAGCCAAGGCUGCUGUUGCUGUGCUUGGGGGAGCCAUGACUGUAGCUGCUGUGCCCCCCGUGUUGAGUGCUGUGGGCUUCACAGGGACAGGAAUUGCUGCCUCCUCUCUAGCUGCUAAGAUGAUGUCCUUGUCAGCCAUUGCGAAUGGGGGUGGAGUUGCGGCUGGUGGCUUGGUGGCCACUCUGCAGUCAGUGGGAGCCGCUGGACUGUCGAUGUCAUCCAAAUUACUCUUGAGCUCUGCAGGGUCUUCUCUCAUGGCCCGUAUGAUUGGCAUUUGAGAUUCCCAGUCCUUCUCUGCUCUAGAAGGGAACAUGGAGGUAGAGGCUACACUGUCCAGUUUCAUCACCCAAGAGAAGUUAAUCCCAGGGAAGAGUCUUCCAAGGCCAAGUGCUCAAUUGGAAAUAAGAAAUAAAACCAAUUUGUUGCCA